AGCUAGAGGAAGAAAGAUGGAUGAGAGAGUGGAUGUGGAGAUGCAUGAAGUGAGAUCCAAUGGAUCAAGAGAGCAUGAAAAUGGAGUUCAUUUAACUUGGGAGGACUUAACAGUGAUGGCUUCAAAUAGUAAAGGUGUUCAUAGGAUCAUUCUUGAUGGUGUAACUGGAUAUGCACAACCAGGAGAGAUACUUGCAAUUAUGGGUCCCUCUGGUUGUGGAAAAUCCACUUUGCUUGAUUCUUUAGCAGGAAGAUUAGGGUCAGGGAUGAUACAAACAGGGAAUAUAUUGGUUAAUGGCAGGAGACAAACGUUGGCAUUUGGAACUUCUGCAUAUGUAACACAAGAAGACGUACUAAUGACAACCCUAACAGUAAAAGAAGCAGUGUAUUACUCAGCUCAACUUCAACUUCCACAAUCCAUGUCUCUAUCAGAAAAAAAGGAGAGAGCAGAGAUGACCAUAAAAGAAAUGGGUUUACAAGAAGUUAUUGACACAAAAAUUGGUGGAAGAACUUCUACAGGAAUUAGUGGUGGACAAAAAAGAAGAGUGAGCAUUUGCAUAGAAGUUUUAACUAGGCCUCACCUUCUUUUCCUUGAUGAACCUACUAGUGGUCUUGAUAGUGCUGCGUCUUAUCAUGUUAUGAAAAGGAUCAUACAUUUAGCUCAGCAUGAAAGAAUCACUGUCUUGGCUUCAAUUCAUCAACCAAGCAGUGAAGUUUUUGAACUUUUUGAUAACUUGUGCUUGCUUUCAUCCGGGAAAACUGUGUAUUUUGGAAGGACUAAUUUUGCUGCUGAGUUUUUUGCUAGAAAUGGUUUUCCAUGUCCACCAAUGAGGAAUCCAUCAGAUCAUUUCCUCAGAACAAUUAACAAGGACUUUGAUGAGGAAACUGAAAUUGAAUGUGGUGAAAAACUGGUUGCAACAACUGAAGUUAUUGAUAUUCUUGUUGAUUCAUUCAAGAAGUCAGAUACUUGCAGAGAAACAAAGAGAAGAGUGGAACACAUCUCCCAUAUGGAAGGAGAAAUUGUGAAGAGGGGAAGUCAAGCUAGUUUCAUGACACAAUGCAGUGUACUCACAAAGAGAUCAUGUGUGAACAUGCACCGAGAUUUAGGCUAUUAUUGGUUGCGUCUUGUUAUAUAUCUUGUUCUAUGCUUGUGCAUUGGAACUAUGUAUUUCAAUAUUGAUGAUAGUUAUGCUUCCAUUCAGGCCAGAGGUUCGAUGCUAAUGUUUGUAGCCGGAUUCUUGACUUUCAUGUCCAUCGGCGGCUUUCCUUCUUUCGUCGAAGACAUGAAGAUAUUCGGUAAAGAAAGACUAAAUGGUCAUUAUGGAGUAACGGCAUUUAUAAUCGGGAACACACUCUCUUCCAUCCCUUACAUCGGCAUUGUAUCAAUCAUUCCGGCAACUAUCGCUUACUUCCUCGUCGGCCUCCAAAGAUCAGCGGAACAUUAUUUUUACUUUGUCGCAGUGCUAUAUGUAUGUAUGAUACUUGUCGAGAGUAUGAUGAUGAUCGUGGCAAGUAUCGUGCCGGAUUAUCUAAUGGGUAUAAUCACCGGCGCCGGAAUUCAGGGUGUGAUGAUGCUUUCCGGUGGCUUUUUCCAACUAAGGAAUAAAAUACCCAAGCCAAUAUGGAGGUACCCUAUAUACUACAUUGGCUUCCACACAUAUGCAAAUGAAGGGUACUUCAAGAAUGAGUUUUUAGGGAUGAAUUUCAAAAGAAUGAAUGGAGGGAAAAUGGAGAUUGUGAGUGGAGAGGAUGUUAUGAAGGAUAUUUGGGAGAUGAAUGUGAGUUAUUCAAAGUGGGUUGAUCUUGGAGUGUUAAUUGGGAUGGUGGUUUUCUAUAGGGUGUUGUUCUUGAUUAUUAUAAAGAGUGUUGAGAAAAUUAAGCCAAUUGUUAGGGGUUAUGUUGCAAGAAGGGCAACAAACCAAGCAAGGCUAGUUAUGGUUUUGCCUUCUAAUAUGUCUCCUCUUGGAGCUACUCCUUAAAUACAUAUACAUGUAUAUAUAUAAGGUAAGUUGUUUUCUUUUUUAAUGAAACUAUAUUGGUUUUGUA